AUGGCGGCGGCCGCGGGCGGCGGGGUCCCGGGCCCGUCGGAAGGGACCCUCUCCGGCGCUGGCUGCGGCCCGGCCUCCGGCGCGGCUCCGGGCCCGGCCUCUUGGAGCCGAGCCCUCGACCGGGCGCUGGAGGAGGCGGCGCUCAGCGGGGUGCUGAGCCUGAGCGGCCGGAAACUGAGGGAGUUUCCCCGGGGAGCGGCCAGCCACGACCUGACGGACACCACCCGGGCCGAUUUAUCACGAAAUCGCCUCUCAGAAAUUCCCAUAGAAGCAUGUCACUUUGUCUCCCUGGAGAAUCUCAAUUUAUACCAAAAUUGUAUUCGGAAUAUACCAGAAGCAAUUCUAAACCUGCAAGCGCUAACAUUCUUAAAUAUUAGUCGGAACCAGCUAUCAACAUUGCCAAUACACUUGUGUAAUUUACCAUUGAAAGUCUUAAUUGCUAGCAAUAACAAAUUGGUCUCACUUCCAGAAGAAAUUGGUCAUCUCAGGUAUUUAACAGAACUUGAUGUAAGCUGCAAUGAAAUUCGAACUAUACCAUCCCAAAUUGGUAAUUUGGAAGCCUUGAGAGACCUUAACAUAAGAAGGAAUCACUUAGUAUGUUUACCUGAAGAGCUAGCAGAAUUGCCUUUGAUACGGUUAGACUUCUCCUGCAAUAAAAUUACAACAAUCCCUGUUUGUUAUCGUAACCUCAAACACCUACAGAUGAUCACCUUAGAUAAUAAUCCACUGCAGUCACCUCCUGCACAGAUAUGUAUCAAAGGCAAAGUCCAUAUAUUUAAAUACCUGAACAUACAAGCCUGUAAGAUUGCUCCAGAUCUGCCAGAUUAUGAUAGGAGGCCCUUGGGUUUUGGUUCCUGCCAUGAAGAACUGUACUCAGGCCGGCCUUACGGAGCCCUGGACUCCGGCUUCAAUAGUGUGGACAGUGGCGAUAAGAGGUGGUCAGGAAAUGAACCCACAGAUGAAUUUUCAGAUCUGCCUGUCCGAGUAGCAGAAAUUACUAAAGAACAAAGACUCCGAAGAGAAAGCCAGUACCAGGAACAUCGCAGUAGUUUACUAGUAACAAAUGGUGGAGAACAUGACCUGGAUCAGAUCGACUACAUUGACAGCUGUGCUGCGGAGGAGGAGGAGGAGGAGGGCCGCCAACCGCGGGCCCUGGAUGGAGACAGCCUUAGCUCCCAGUUCAUGGCCUACAUCGAGCAGCGGCGAAUUUCUCAUGAGGUUUCACCAGUAAAGCCAGUGCCCAUUAGGGAGUUUCAUAAAACAGAAGAUAUGAGAAGAUAUUCACAUCAAAACAGGCUUCCAGUUGAACCAUCUGCUCUCUCACCACUGACACCAAAUCACAGUCAGCUCUCACAUGCAGACUUAGAACUUCAUCGAAGAAGAGAACAGUUAGUUGAACGUACUCGGAGAGAGGCCCAGCUUGCCGCCUUGCAGUAUGAGGAGGAGAAGAUAAGGACCAAGCAGCUUCAGAGAGACGCAGUCCUGGACUUUGUCGAGCAAAAGUCAUCAUUAAGUCCACAAAAACACCAACCCUCCUUAGAUGGUGAGUGCCCCUUUCCGUCCAGAAGGUCUCAGCACACUGAUGAUAGUGCCUUAUUAGUGAAUGGUGACAGGUCUAAUGCUGUAUCAAGUUUACCUGCAACAGAAACAGUUCACCGUUCUCCUGCAUAUUCUUUCCCUGUUACUACCCCAAGAAACCAACCCCAGCGCCCUGAUAGCUUCCUUUUCCGAGCAGCUGUAAGGGCAGAACCAAGUAAAGGUUUACCCCUUUCAUCUUCUGUACCUACCACAGAUUCUACAGAAUCCAUAACAAGAGAGAAUUCAAGGCAGAGAGAAGAGGAGCUGGAGUUAAUAGAUCAGCUUCGGAAACAUAUUGAAUAUCGAUUAAAGGUUUCUCUGCCUUGCGAUCUUGGAUCAGCACUCACCGACGGGGUUGUUCUUUGCCAUUUGGCUAAUCAUGUGCGGCCACGUUCCGUCCCAAGCAUUCAUGUUCCCUCACCGGCUGUACCUAAGUUAACGAUGGCAAAGUGCAGGCGAAAUGUGGAGAACUUCCUGGAAGCUUGCAGAAAAAUUGGUGUGCCUCAGGAGCAAUUGUGUUUGCCUCUCCACAUUCUAGAAGAGAAAGGGCUGAGCCGGGUCGCGGCCACCGUCCAGGCCCUCUUGGAGCUGGCUCCACCCAAGCCGCAGCCGUCUGCGGUGUAAGGACCCCGGGCCUCAGCGUGGGCCUGGCCAGGCAAGGAACGGGACCACGUGAUUGCUGCUCCAGCCGCCACCUGGCCAGGCUCUUAUCGCACUUACAAGGGACUGUUCCAUGAUUCCUAACGGGAAUGCUUUGCUUCGUUUCUCCAUUUUAGGGGAGGUUAUAUCCAUUUCCACUGAACUGCUUAUGACGACACGGUUGGUUUCACAAUUGCCUCUUAUUUUUCAUUACUGAGGACCCAACACCAGAGCCUGAACUGGCUUGUACUUUCCUAGAGGUUUUGUUUUUCCCCACAAAUCAGAAUGAUAAAUAUUUCCAGAAGGAUAUUCAGUUCUGUUGAAGGCACAGACAUUCUGUUAUCCUUACCUAUUUCCAGUACAUCUAGGAAUCCCCCUUGCUUGUACAUUUCUGGAGCCAUUUGGAUCUCCUGGAGCUUUUGUACAAACACAGGUUGUCAUCCAUGGGCAGAGAGCUUUAAGGUUGCAGAAGCUUCCCGUCUCGAGAGCAACCACGCUUAAAGCUAGGUGUCUGCUCUGGGGGCUCAGGGCCCACGCUGCUUUGGAGCCACAUUGCAAAUCGAGAGCACUUAAUGUUACUUGGACUGUUUUGUCCAAGGCAAAACAAAAUUACCGUAAAAGGCCCAGAUUCUCUCCAGUCAGCAUGACGGUUAUGGUUGUAUCAUCUGUUACCUACAUUAUCACACUCCACACAGAUUCCAGAUCAUUAGGCCAGUAACAGCUUUGCACUGACUUCUCUGAGCACCCCCGGAUCUGCAAGGCACACACAUGUCCCGCUUCCCAGUAUCAGAUUCUGAGGAUGCUAAAGGAAUCAAGGAAAGGCCACAUUUCGUAAUUUCCUUCAGGUAACUGCCAGGUCCUGCCACUGUGUCCAGGCCAUUGUGGUAUCUUAAAAGCAGCUCAGCUUAUUUAGCUCACCCGGUCUCCACCCUCCACCCUACAUUCUCUGCUCAGUGGAGCAGGUGGCAGGGCCGCAGGCUGUGCUUCGAAUGUCCUGGACUGUUUAACCAAAAGGUGAAGCCACUUGCAUCCUUUUUCCCACUUCAGUUUUGGUUGUCAUGUUAUCUGUUAGUUGUCAUUGCCCUUGUAACCCAAGGGCAAUGAAUGUUUUAAAUGAAGGGUCUAGUCUACAUAUUUUUCUGUUAAUUGUUCUGGAUCUUCUUUACCAAUUACAUGAUUUGAGUAAAAUCUCUCGCAUGUAAAUGCAAUCUAAAAGUAACCUUGGAUAAAAUCGAUUGAGUUUCUGGACAAAGUGAUGUUUUUCCCUUGUUUCUAAAUCACUUGGACAUUACAGCUUUGUCAUGAUUAUUGUUUUAGAACAUAAAAUGUCUCUACUCAAAGUCCAGCCCUUCAGGAGCCUCACAGAGCAGAAGUCACGUAUCUUCUAAGUUCUUGAGCCAGCUCUGCUCUGUUUAUAGCUCCAAAUACGUCCAUCAGUCAUAUGACUUAUUUGGGAUUUAGCUGUGUAUAUUUUUAAACUUUAUGUAUUUUUCCUUCUGGUUUUGACCAGGUUGAGUCUGGCGCCUUAGACCACUCGGCCAUCCUGACACACUUAAAUCUAGGGCAGUCUCCAAAAUAUCCAUUUAAAAUAUCCAUUUAAAACCCAGCAAAGGACAGGACUGUUUGUCAUUUAUUACUCAAGGAAUGGCCCUAGAAGAUCUGCAUAACAACCACACUGGAAUAUGUACAACCUACGUUCUCAUAGGAAUGAAUAGAAAUUUCAAGUCCAUUUCAGAUUUUUCUCAUACCAGGACAGCUUACUAAUGCAUUUUAAUUGAACUCAUUCAAGUACAAGUACAUAUGCCUGGAGUGUUAUGGGAAAUUUUGUGUACUUGUUAAUAUUGAAUGAGACAAAUAUCAAAUAAAUAGAAUUUCCUUUUCCAUCUUAAGAUGCAAGCACAAACCAUGACGUUUUUGUUGGAAUAAUUUUGCAUGCAGUGUUUGAUACAUCUUUUUGACCUAGAAAGAGAAUUUCAUCUUAACAUUUAGCCUUGCUUGACUCCAGUGUAAGAUAGAGAUGACUUUUGACUUCUCCCUUCAGUAGCAAGCUCCCCCGUGCCAACAUACAGAAGAGGAAACAGCUGAGUCGGCCAGCCACCCGUCAGCAGUCUUGUGCCGAGCACCAGCCUCUAGUCCCGGUUCAGACUCUCUUCUGAGCAAAGUGUCCUAAAUCCCUCAGGGAGGAGGGAAGAGCAAGGCUGGAGGCUUGUAGUCAAGCACUUUUCUUCAUAGCCUUUAAAACACAGCCUUAAGGUUCAUCAAGGAGUCGGAUUUCUCUUACUAUAACCCAGCAGUGACUAAUUAUGUAUGACUAUGUGAUGAACUUUUAAAAGUUAAGCGCUUAAAUGUUUAUAGAAAUGAAGGAAAACAUGGAUAUUUAGGAACCUUUUUAUAUACAUAUUGCAGUGAGAUGGUUUACAACAGAUUUUAUUUCUGAAAAUGUUGUAAACAUGUAAUUAAAAGAUUUUGUAAAACAUUGUCCUAUAUUUGUCUGUAAAUAUAAUGCCUAAGUUCUAAGUAUAAAUAUGUCAAUAUCAUGUAUGUUAUUAAAUUGCCUGUAUGCCACCUUACACAUUGACAUUCAAAUAAAAGCCAACACUUUAAUAGUAUGAAA